AUGUCGCUGCUCUUGCAAGUGCUCACAAACUCUGCGACCAAAACGGUGCAGGGACAGCCACCAGUGCCUUCAACGGCCAUGCCUUCCGCGCGCAUGAACAAGGAGGACUACAUCCUCGAGCUGCGGGGCUUGGGCGAGGAGGUCCCCUCGUCGUGGACCAUUCCCGAGAUGAAGGUGAGGAUCCAAGAGAUCAAGGAGGAGCAAGGCAUGACCCUUCAGAGCUCUGGAAAAAGGAACACACCCUUUCGAGUGUUGGCCAUCGAAAUGAACAAGUGCAGCAAGAAAAAGGCCGACCUGCAGGAGUUCACCAGAACCCGUCUGCAGAUGCAUGUGACCGGGAACGAGACCAUUGCCCAGCUGCAGAAGGCAUGCCUUCGCAAGAUCUACGAGAUCACACCGCCGACUCCUCACGACCCCACGGGUUUUGGAGCCCACAGUGCCCUGUCCUACGAGGAGCUGUUCAUGACGGAGCCCGGAUAUGUGAAAUGGGUGCUGCAGACUGCCUCCGAGGGCCAAGCCGAUUACCGGCUGUUGCGCCUGGCGAAAUGGUUGGAGAGCCGCCAAGCCGAACCAGCCAAAGAGGCCAAGAAAGCGCCGAAUGCCAAGUCUCAGGGCGCUCGGAAGCAAGCAGCAGCGGCGGCAUCUGUCGCAUCAGACAGCAGCUCGAAGUCGAACGAGGCCCUGAUCCAGAUGAUCCAGUCUCUCCAAGAGGAGGUGGCUGCUCUUCGGGAGGAACGCCCUCGCAAGAAGACCGAGAAGCCAGACGAGCAGAUGACCGAGGGCUCCUUCAGGCGUGAGAGUCCGGCCCUGAGGGAUAGGAUCUGCCAGUUCCAAUGUACAAUAGAUGUAUCACAGGGAGCCACAUGGGAGCCUUUGCCGGAGCACAAGGCUCGACAGUUAGCUUUUCAGUCUGAUGACAUGCUCCCUGAGGCUUUUGGAUCCUUGGUAUCAGAGGGCCGUCUCAAGCUACUGGAAGUGGCCUGUUCCAAUGAAAGCAUUCUCACUGAGACUAUGCAGCGCCUCACAAAAGAUGAAAUGUCAGCCCGCCGAUGCUCCCUGUUUAAUGGGUUUGACCUGUCCACCAAUGCUGGGGUUAGGAAAAUCAUUCAGGUGAUUGACCAAACCAAUCCCGAACAUGUGUGGUUGUCUCCCAUUUGUGGUCCUUACUCAGUGAUGCAACAAAUCAACCAGCGUACCCCAAAGCAGUGUGAAGAACUCCAAGAAAAGCGACGUGAUGCCUUGCGUCAAUAC